AUGUCUCUGGACAGGGUCCCGGACGAAAUCAUCCAGCACCUCCUCUACUAUGUCUCCCCCGCCGACAACCUCCGGAGCGUGCAGCUCCUCGACCACCGCCUACACAGCCUCGCCAACGAGCCGCUCCUCUGGAGACGCCACUGCGCCAGCUCCUUCAGGUACUGGCACCCGCGCCAUGCCCUGGCCCGCAAGCUGCGACUGAGGGUGGCCGAGGUCGACUGGAAGCGUCUCUUUCUGCUGAGAGCCCGCCAGGAUUGCUUCGUCGCGAGGCUGCUUGGGGAGAUUAUCGCCACAAAGGUCGGCCGCUUAAAGCGCUUCGAGGCCGUGGCCCGCCUCGGCUACGACGCCAAGGACUAUCUUCUGAGACAAUGCCGCACCGACGACUCGGCAGACGACUACCUCGCCAGGAGGUAUUACAGCAAUGCUCUCCUCGACAGCAUACACAGGAGCAUAGCCAUUGAGGAGUGGCACAGGCUCCGGCUCGAUCGUGAUUCGCUCGACGCCCAGAUUGCCGGUGUGCGGCUCGAGCGAGCCCUCGGCGCAUUCGACAUGUUCGUGUUACACGAUCAGUUCGGUGACCUCGAUGACAUCUCGCAGAUGCUCGACAGUAGGGCUGCUCAGUUCCGCGCCAGCCAACCUGACCUUGACCAGCUCACCACUCGCCAAAAGGCUCUCGCGCUUAACCGAUGGUUGCGCGCCAACGGUCUUACAGGACUGCACAACCCUGAGCGAAACUACCGCAACCUGCGCAACCUCUUGAUCGGCCAGGCCCUCCGUCACGAAGACCAUGAUUCCAUCCCCAUCAUCUCAAGCGCCAUCUUUUGCUGUCUUGCCGCUCGUCUGGGGCUAACUGCUCAAUGUUGCGCCUUCCCCAGCCAUGUUCAUGCCAUCAUCUUCGCCCCCCCUGGACAGACGCUGGAUGGCGCGCUAGAAGACGGAGAGGACAGCCCGCGCGAGCGCAUGUUUCUCGAUCCAUACGGUUUCGACGAAGAAGUACCAGCCGCAGUACUGCAAGCCUUACUGGCCCAUAUUGGCUGGCAAACGAGCGCCGACGCUCUCCUAGCCCCUGUUUCAACACUUGCCGUGGUCCAGAGGACAUCACAAAACGUCAAUGCCACGUUUGCCAGGAUGCUUGAGCUGCAGGACGAUGUCCCGCCAGAGUUGAUCCAGCUGCUAAGGGGGAACAGCUCAAUGAACAUGGAGGCCGCUCUCUAUGCAUCCAUGUGGGCUCCGUUGCUACUCUCCACGCCCAACACGUUCGAAUGGGACGAUCGCCUCGCAAAUUUCCUCCGCAGGUUUGCCGGGUCCUGGCCAGAGGACGCGUGGUUGGUGGAAGAAUACCUAUUGCCAAUGUACAACGGCGUCGCACAGCGACGUGAUGGCUUUGCGCGCCCUGCAAACCGAGGCCUCAGCGAUCCUUGGGAACAGUUGCAGCUCGUGCGCGACCAGGACGACCUCAAACCUCACGUCGUCCGAAGGACCUUAUUUGCCAAUCAGUCGGUCCCCUUCAAGAUUGGCCAGGUCUUCCGGCACCGGCGAUACGGCUGGGUUGGCGUCAUCACCGGCUGGGCUGAUCAAGGCACUCGGCACUUGUCGGUGUCGCGCUCCAGGGCCCUGACCGAGCCAGCCGACGAGCACGGCACUGAGCCGUCUGCAGCCCCCGUGCGGCCUCCAAAUCAGUUUUAUUUCAUGUGCUUCCCAAGCACUGGGUCGGAACCUCAUGUGGUUGCCGCCGACAACAUUGAAAUCAUACACGACGCAAGCGAGAUUGAUGACGACAUGUUCCCCCUAGCAGGAAAGUUCUUCAAGAGAUUCGACCGCGCGACGUGUACUUUUGUGUCGAACAUAAAGGAACAGUACCCUCACGACUGA